AUGGGCGACGUGAACAGAAGAAUUGCAAGAGGGUUGUACGAGAGAGCAAGCAAAAGCGAAAAGAAAGAGGCAAGAGAGUUUUUUGAAAAACUAAAUCCCACGAGAAAUGGAAAAGUAAAUGUGGUAGAAUUAUUGGAAAGGAGUGUUGGUGUUGGAUCAAACGAGAAUCUGGAUUUGGACGGAGACGGAUUCCUCGAUUUCGAGGAUGUUUUGGUGCUCUUCUACUACUCCAUCAAAAGAGAGAUCAACAUCCUCCGAUGUGGCCGCUGUUCCAAACUCAUGUUUGGGCCUUCAUUUUCCUGCUUCCAUUGCUUCUUCAAAUCCGCUCAUCAAAGGUUCGCCCUUUGCCGUGAUUGUUAUGCCACGGGGAAGGUGGACCACGGCCACCCCUUGACAUCCACGGCCGAAUCAUUGCAUUUGCACCACCGCGACCAAGCUCUUCUGCUUAAGUUGAGCGACCUCAUCUCCGCUCAUCAUCCAUCAACAUCUCCAACCAAGGAGUUGAAAGAAUUGUGGGAGAAAGAGAAGAAGUCAGCCUCUCCGGCACUGGUGGCCUUGGCAGAUAACUACUUCAAAUCUAUGGGACCUAAUAAUGAGCUCGACAUUAAAAAGUUCUCCACUCUCACUAAACAGCAAGAGCAAUUCCUCACUCCCACACCACAUUCUAUCCCUGCAACUAAUUAUAUGAAGAACGUGUUGGAAAUGAAACUUAGCCAACACAAUGGUGCCCAACCAACACCAACUGCUGCAGCUUCAACUCUUCAGACAUAUAAUUCGAAUUAUCGUCCAAACCCUGCAGAGACUUCGUCAUAUGGAAUUUCUCCACUGAAAGUGGCGACUACUACAUUCAAAAUAGUGGAAAUGGCACUCACCAUUGGCAGCAUCUCCAGCAUGUGUAUUAUCAUGUGA